ACGUUUCGACGAAUGCGACCAGAAUGUAAACAGUGACCUAGCUAAUAGAUGCUAACAUCAUCGGUAGCUAUCUUUGGUAUUGUCACCGCUGAAUCGCACGCAGUCAUGGCUUCACGAUAGUUUGAUUGAACGAAGACGGCGGUAUUAUACUGAUUCCUUGUUCGCCGUCUCCCUUCUUGUCGCUUCAUUGCAUACAUGCUAUCACCAUGACCAAAGACAUUGUUGUUGGAGAUGAACUGCCGGACUGGGUGGGAGCUAAGGAGUUCUACCAGAAAUAUGACCCCAAAGAGGUAAUUGGCAGGGGUGUGAGCAGUGUGGUACGCAGGUGUGUGCACAGACACACGGGCCAGGAGCUGGCAGUGAAGAUUAUUGAGAUCACAGCGGAGAAGAUGACAGUCCAGCAGCUGGAGGAGGUGAAAACCUCCACACUGAAGGAGAUCCAAGUCCUCAACAUGGUGAAGGGACACUCCUCCAUCAUUACUCUCAUUGAUUCCUAUGAAUCCACAACCUUCAUAUUUUUGGUGUUUGACCUCAUGAGGCGAGGAGAGCUUUUUGACUACCUCACAGAAAAGGUUACUCUGAGUGAGAAGGAAACCAGGAGUAUGAUGCGAGCUCUGCUGGAAGCAGUGCAGUACCUCCACUCCCUCAACAUCGUCCAUCGUGAUCUGAAACCUGAGAACAUUCUCCUGGAUGAUCAGGGACACAUCAAACUUUCUGAUUUUGGUUUCUCAGUGCAGCUACAGCCUGGAGAGAAACUGAGAGAGCUUUGUGGGACGCCUGGUUAUUUGGCCCCUGAAAUACUGAAAUGUUCCAUGGAUGAAAUGCACCCAGGCUAUGGUCAGGAGGUAGAUCUCUGGGCCUGUGGAGUGAUCCUCUUCACGUUACUGGCCGGAUCACCACCGUUCUGGCAUCGCAAACAGAUGCUGAUGCUGAGGAUGAUCAUGGAGGGGCGCUAUCAGUUCAGUUCCCCCGAGUGGGACGACAGGUCUGACACUGUGAAAGAUUUGAUAUCCAGACUGCUGGUGGUGGACCCAGCUGUCCGUCUCACUGCUGAGCAAGCCUUAGCGCAUCCCUUCUUCAGACAGUACCAGAAGGAGGAUGUGCGGCUCUUCAGCCCCAGAAAGACAUUUAGAGUGUUGAUAGUCAGCGUUCUGGCGUGUAUCAGGAUGUACAGCCGUUACCGCAAAGUUCGCCCGUUGACUCGGGAGGUGCUGGCUAGAGAUCCUUACUCCCUUCGUGGCGUCCGCAAACUCAUCGAUGGCUGCGCCUUCCGUAUCUACGGCCACUGGGUGAAGAAAGGAGAGCAGCAGAACCGAGCCGCCCUCUUUCAGAACACAGCUAAGAUCAUGCUGCUGGGCCUGGAGGACUUUGAAACAUAAUAUGUCAACCUCAUUCCUAACCACCUUGAUUUUUAUUUAACCAUUUGCAUGUGCUGUAAUGUCUGUUUUUGUCUCGUCGAGUUACUGUGUUUAAUUUUAAGAUGAGGAAUUCAGGGACCGGGACGAUUGUAUGCCUUAAUGUGCACCAUGGCUCUGUAAGUUCAAGAUAAGCAUGCACAACUUAAUACUCCUUAUCUGCCUUUUGCUCUGAGUUUGUGUCCAUCUGAAACCCGUCUUCGGGUCAUCAUAUUUGCAGUAGAGGACACGUAUAAUCAUUUGAUAAAAGCCAUCACAUAAACUGUAGGUACAUUAUGUACAUUUAGGAUUUUAUCUGUUGAUAGUCGUAUACAACUGAGGAGAGGAUGCAUUUCUAAACACUGAGGCUGAAGUGGACAUUUAAGUACUGUGAUUAAUUAUUUAGUAGAUAAUUAUAUAAUAUAUUGUAUUGAAACACAGAUUUACAGAUAUUCCAGUGUUACAAAUAACUACCAGGGGACAUGUGUGAAACAUUCUAUUACAGUAUCUGAAGUGUUUUUGGUAGAAAACUAUUUACCUAUGAUGCAUGCAGACAUUCCUUAAUAGGGAGGCCACUUACACUAACUGUGAAGACCAUCUUUGACUGAAUAUCCUACCUAAACUAACCAACACCAUUCCCUACUCAGUUCAUUCUUCAGUUUAAUAAGUGGCACUUUCCUGAAAGUGCCUGCCUGAGAAAUGUACAGUAAUUGUACAAAUGCAGAAAUACAUUGUACUGUAUAUGAAUAAAAAGGUUUCAUUGACCAUAGAAUAAA